GAACUCGAGGCCCAAUGAAAACGGGACGAUCCCCCAGCCCUCGUUGUUUCAAGCACACGGAAAAACUAGCGAUUGUUCGCACCACCCAUUUUCCCUCCGUCGAUGCAUUUCUUGCCUAUUCAUGCACGUUAUCGAUUUUUGGGGGAUCCGCGCUCCCUCCCUCUCCGCAGAAAAAGUGUUCACUGUCGAGGUACUCAGAUUUCUAUUUUAGUAUGCGCGUGCCGUACCCCACAAACCCUCAUAUCCGCGCUUGGCAACGCACGUCUCGGUUUACUCAACACUGCUACCGCGUAGCCCGGCUUCUCUAUUCGUUUGUAUUCGUUGCGCUUCAGAUACCCCUGGUAUUUCUUUCUGCUCUUUUCUCUCUUUCGUAUUAUGGCCGUUCGCAUUGGUCCUUCGCAUACCGUGCUUCUCUCCUCGUCGGAUCUCACAUAGCCUGGUCUCUGAAUCCUGGCACCCAACCCCUUAACGAUGUCCUCUCAUUUCCCGCCCGCUGCUCCGUCCCCAAACUCACCGAUAAUCAAAAUGUACAAUUAGAGGUCAUACCGCCAGUAAAUGAACUCUGGCUUAAGGGCGAUGCAACACAUCCGACCACCAAGCCAGAAAGCUGUCCAUGUUUCUGGCAGUGGACAAGAAAUCUUUCUUCUCCCGUCGGCGACUCUUCUCACCCAGUAUCACAAAGGAAGAUCAUGAUGUAUUUCGUCGGCGGCGGAAUGGUCCAAGGUCAUCCGCUUACUUCUUCCAUCCCUUGGCGUGUGAUGCCGGAAACCAAUAUCCCAAUCUUCGGCGUCAAUUUCCGUAAAUGUGUCACUGCCAAAACGGCGUUUCCAGCAGCGCUACAAGAUGCACUGUCGGCAUUUCACUUUCUCCUCGAGAUGGGAUAUCGUGAGGAGAAUAUCUCGGUUAUGGGAGAUUCGGGAGGUGCGGGAAUUGUGGUUACGUUUUUGUUGUAUCUAAAUAGGUAUAAUUUUCCGAUGCCGGAAAAUGCGGUGUUGAUUUCCCCGUUUGUGGACUUGGCGUCGAGGUUUGAUGGGAAGGGAGUGGGAGAGGAAGAGGAGGGAAGCUUGAUAGAGUUGGAUUUUAUGAACAAUGAAAUGUUUGCAAUGGUGGGAUAUCAGUACUGUGAAAACAGGCCGGAUUUGAGGGGGGCGCUUUUGAGUCCGGCGAGGGGGGUGAUGCCGGAGGGGUAUGAAUUUGAGGGGCUUUGUAGGUGUAUGGUUGUUUGGGGGGAUGCGGAAGUUUUUUGCUCAGGCAUAAGAAAAUUCGUUCAUCAUCUACGUCAAGCAGGUGUAAAGGUAGAAGCGGUGGUUGGAAAAGAUGAAGUUCAUGAUUUUCCGAUAUUCUCGAAAGCUGAUAAGCCGCAUGAGUUUUUUGGGCGAGUGGCAAGAUUCUUGGAAGGAGAUGGAAUUUAUGAUUGAGUGAACUGGAAUUGGACUUUGUAGGCCUGGAAUUGAUGGGUGAUGGAUCAGAGGAUCGUUGGGUAAGCAUUGAGCCUGAAGUGUGAUGGCAUGAGGGAAAUGCAAUAUCAAGUGUAUGGGCAGACUGUUUGGGACGCUUUGGAGAAAGUACUUGUGGAAAUUUUACCACAACGGCAAGCCAGCGAAGGACGACUCAAUCACUGUCACUAGCACAGUACAUGAUCAUCAGUAUUAGUGUUCACUCAUAAUGUUCAACGGAGAUUGCUUUCUUGAUGAAAAUCUUCGAUUCCUAACUAACA